CGCUAGUGGAUGGACGUGCUGCUCUUCGUCUCUCUGCCCACUUCUGUCGUAUGCUUGGUUUGCUUCACUGCGUGAAGACCUUUGCGCUUUUUCUUUUACUUGUGCGUAUUUGCAAGUAUAUAAGACAGGAGGCUUCAGACCACGAGAAAGGUGUUGGCAAAAGAGAAAUUAGAUCACCUAGACUUGCUGAGGUCACUGAUGAAGAAGUUGUCAACAAGAGGAGACAAACUAGCAUUGCAAAGAGAAAGCACCCCAUCCUUACUUCAUCUGAUGACUCUUCGGAAGAUGACAGGUCACAGCCAAAACCUCACUUACCCUAUCAUUCAGAGGAAAUUGGUCCAUUUGAUGGUCCUACUGCAGCGCCAAGUACUCAGUCCUCACAAAGAUUUGAUCUCUCUGUUGGUCCUACUACAAGUACUACACCUUCAAGAGAGAUUGCAGAAGAUUCACCUUCAAGAGGAUCUACCUUGUCAUUUGGGUCUUCAGUCACUGGCAGCAUGUCACAACAGUCACACAAGCCCACGGGAACCAACAGGACGUCUUCAAGAAGACUUGACUUCGUGAAUAAUCAACACUAGCAGGACAAUCCGUUUCCUUUAAAAGGUUAUUGAGCUGGCUUCAGUGUAUGCAAAUAAAGAUGAAAAAAGAGUGAUCCUCUGAGGGGGUCAUGAGACACCUCACGACAAAAAAAUUAAUGGGAGAGUAUCGUUGAAGGGAUCAAGAGUAAAGAAGAAAAAAGUCGCUUUGAUAUUGACUACAUGGAUUAAUUCGUCUUAAGUAUUUAUUAUUUUAUUCAUCAUUUAUUAACUGCAUUAAAUUUUCCAAUAAUGUUCGUGGUACCUGCAUACUUUUAGGGUGCAAUAUUUAAGAUUCAAAUAUGUUUCAGACUAUUUGCCAUCACUGAUUGCUACCAACCCUCUUCUCGCACAAGGCCACUUUCCAAUAACCACAAUGGUCCCUCACCCACAACAUUGACCAUAACCAAAUAGUUUUGCCUACAUUAUUCACUCCUAAACCUUUGGAAUCCAGUCGAAUCUGGCAUUUCUUGAAUUUAUUUUUAGCUCCCCACAAUUAAUACCAAGUCAUCUGCAUAAUGCAACUCCCCAGGCAACCCAGAUCUCUUCAAGGCCUUCAAUUGAUAUCACCUCCAUAAUCAUGACAAACAGGUUACAAGUACUAAUAUACUAAUAUCAGUAAUAAUAUUUUGUUACACAAUUAAUUUACUUAUAUUAAGCUUAUGAUCAUGAAUUUAAGGUACUAUUCCACAUUGGGAGAGGCAGAAGGUGGGUACCAGAAAACUAGUUUAAUGUUGGAUCCUAGUCCUAAGCCCAACACUCCCUUUCACAUUUGUCAACUUUUUACCCCUCCCAUACAGUUAAACAGUCCCUGGCAUUUCAAAACUUUCUAUUCUUAACUCUUCUUAACUUGCUUAUCUUGACACUUUUAAGCUUCCAAAACUUUUCUGCUCCAUGGAAUAUCGAUCACCUCCUUCAAAAUUAUCAGAAAUGAUGCCCACUACUUCCAUCCUCUUUCCAUUCAAAACUAUUUGAAACCUUCUACAACCCAUAUUUUCCUUACUAUACAUCAUAUUAUUUACUCCUAUCAACAGUUCCCCUCUAUUUGUUUAUACUAUACACACAUUCAAACGUUUCAUCAGUGCCUUCACCUUUUCCUUAAAUGUCCCACAUGAAUACAAUUGAAACUCAAACUAAAGCUAUCAAAAAUAAAAAUAAAGCACUUGUCUCCUGCCUAAUCCCCGUCUUUCAGUGAGGGUGAGUGAGCCUGGUACACGCGUAGUGUUCUUGGAAGCCCCUCUACCUGCUAUGUAGAUGCCACUAUAUGUAUCUCAGUGUAUUUUUAUACUUUGUAGA